GUCUUUCAUCAUUCAACCUUGGUUCACACGCUCGACGCGCUUUAUCCCCACACAGCGGUUCUUUGACCCGUCUCAGUCUUCAAAGCAACACACUCACUCCUAACACAUUCGACCCCCAUCAGUGCACUAUACGCGGCGAAGCAGCGACCUCCCCCGUCAUGAACGGCAUCAAGGCAGACCCCGAUGUCAAGAUGGAUCGGGACGCUGGGACGCCCUCGGGCAGUGGCUACAUGGACGAUGACUUCUUCGAGGACACUGGUGAGAUGACUCUACCAAAGGACGAAGUCCAGAAGGACGUCUGGCUCACGCGCAUCCCCGACUGGCUGUACGACGCAGUCUCCAAAUGGGACGACCUUGCUGAAGGCAACGACAACGACCAGAUACAAAUAGGAGAGGUUCUCGCUUUCGCAACAACGAGCGGUAUCGACAAGACAAAACCGAUGCGAGUCUUCCUCAACGACCGAUGGAGGGCAAAGGCAAAUCUGCCGAGUGCCUUCCAGUUAGACCCAGCCUCAGCUUCAGAGACGCUGCUUGGGAAUACAUAUGUCUUUACGGAAAAGGACCUGCCUGGUUACAGAGGUAACGGUUAUGGUCAGUGGAACAGAGGCGGUGCACAGGGGGGCUACGGUGGUGUUCAAGAUCCCAAAGCACGCGUGCAGAAGCGUAGCAAGUACAAGAAAGCAAUACCUAAGCAGACUGCGCUCAUCGGCCAUUCGACACGUCAGUACAACGCAAACCCGCUCGAGACCAAGGAGUACAAGGACUUCAGCGCCCAACGCAUCAAGCAAGCUAUCCAAGGCUCUCAUACCACUACGAUCAUCACCAAGGAAACCGACGUCACCGACUUCAAGACCCAGAACACGCUCAACGAGAGAUUCAAGAACUUCAUCAGGCCAAUCGGCAAGGCCAAGUCGCAACAGAACAAGGCUGCUCGUAUCUCUCGUGCCGAGCUUAUCGAUCUAUUACAUUCUUGCUUCGACGAGUUCCAGUACUGGCCGAUGAAGGCGCUUAAGGCGCGGACGAAGCAGCCAGAACAGUUCCUUAAGGAGGUGCUUGGCGAUAUUGCGCACCUCGUCAAGUCCGGCUCAUUCGCAAGCACGUGGCAGCGGCAAGCUAUCUUUGACAAGGAAAGGGACACGAGUAGGCAGGUCGGAGCAGCCCCAGAGGGGUUGGGAGAGGGAGAAUCGGACGGUGAGGAGGAAAUGGAAGACGUUGUCUAGGAGCCUGUCUGGAGCCGUGACAUGACCUCAUGGACAAAUAUACAACGGAAGAAAUACUGACUUAGUGGCGAUACCCAGUCUUCAAAGAAGAUAUCUGUAAAUGAAACAGUAGUAAUAUGCUAUCGUUGACGCCAUAAUAUGGUACUAGAGUAAUACUUCGCAGCAUCACUAUUGAGCUCCAAUGAGCAUGGUAGUUUGUGGAAUAAGCUUCGCCACUGAACAUCUUGAUGGUUCAACGAAAACGAAAACAUACCACUUCCCAC